GAAUCGGAAGGUCUCCAAUAAAUCAAGGAAAGUGGAAAUUAAUUAAAUAAUAAAAUUUCUGCCAAUUUUUGUUUUAAUAAUGAAUAUAUAGAUCAAUCAUUAUGAUAAUGGAUGUCAGCCUUUUCCAAUCCCAAUCCUCACACAAACAAGAACAGUACAGAGAAUAACAGAUAUAUUUGUAUUAGUUUAAUUGCUUAUUUUGUUUCUCUGUGCAUAAUAAUAAUGGCGAAGCAUAUUCAAAUACGGGAAUUUGACGAUGACGAUGAUUGAGAGUCGAGGUGUAUUGGUAUCGAAUCAUUAAAGAAUCGCUUUCUGGGUUGGGUUUAUUUUACAAUUUUGUUUCAACUACUUCUUUCUUUCGGUGUAUGAAUCACGGUUUCGAUAGUGGGCACGUGGCGGUAAUAUACAGUGACCCUUUUUGUCUUUCACUCGAUCUGAUUCGCCGGUGUGGUUUGACUCGUACCAUAUGCGUAGGGGGAUUUUUGACAUAUGGACUGAGAUUCAACAUCAGCUCUCGAGGUACGGAAUGUUUUUAUUAAUUUUGUUCUAAAUGAUGAGAAGGAGUUGGUUUUGGGGUUGAAAUUUAGGAGCAAUAUGAGCUCCCUUGUUGUUUUCAGAAGUUGGGUUCUGAUGGGUGUCAAUUAUUGAAAAAAAAAAUUUAAAGCUUAGGCCUUUUGAAGUUUUUGGUGUGGUUGGGACUAUUUGUUUUUUGGGUUUUGGUGCAAAGAUAUGGCUUGCUAGGAAUUGUUUAUGAGCCUAUCAUAAUGCCCGGAGCUGUGAGGUUGUUUUUACAUGGAAAUUGCUCACAAGUCAUUGUGUCAGCUGGUUGGCAUGGUGAAGUCAUGGAUCUCUGGACGAUCUGAGCCGACUAAUGUGUCAAGGGACUUUUGGAUGCCUGAUGAAAGCUGUAGAGUAUGCUACGAGUGUGAUACACAAUUUACAUUGUUCAAUCGAAGACACCAUUGUCGACUUUGUGGUCGGGUUUUCUGUGGCAAGUGUACAGAAAACUCGAUUCCUGUCCCAUCUGAUUAUCCAACUACAUCCCUGGAAGAGCAGGAUAGAAUCCGAGUGUGUAAUUAUUGUUACAAGCAAUGGGAGCAGGGUAUGGUUACUCUUGAUAAUGGGAUCCAGAGACCCAAUCACGGACUUAGUACAUCACAAUCAGGAUUAAGUCUAGGCAGCACUAGAUCAAGUGAAACCGGUAAUAGUAGUAUCAAUACUCCUAGCUCCAUGCCAUUCUCAUUUGGAUCUUAUCAGCAAGCUCAACAUUGUUCUGGUCUCAGUUCUCCACCAACAUCUUUUUUGGAAACAAACACAGAGGAGAAAAGCAAAGGAGAACAAGGAAGGAGUAGUGAACUUUGCAACGAUACAGGGGAUCUACCUUCAGAUCAACAGAGAAUUUCAAUGAACAGGAGUGAGGAUGAGGAUUAUGAGUACGACAUGUAUCGGAUGGAUUCUGAAUCUAUGCAUUAUCCUUCAGUCAGUGACUACUACAAUCAAGUUGAGUAUGAAGCCAUGAACAAUGAUGAUGGAAUGCAUAGAGUGCAUCCUGAUAGCGAGAACAUUGAUUCAACGAGUUUGAGCUGCUCCCCAUUAGAAAACCAAAAUUUUGAAUCACAUGGCCUGGAAAAUAUUUUAAAGCUGAGGAAUAAAGAGGAUGAACAUGAUAUGGGCGAUGAAGGCGAAGCAUCUUCCUCCCUGUAUGUUGCUGGUGGUGAUGUUGAUGCUGAACCUGUAGAUUUUGAGAACAAUGGACUCCUCUGGCUUCCCCCUGCACCAGAAGAUGAAGAAGAUGAUGAAGAUGAAAAGGAAACUGGUCUGUUUGAUGACGAUGAUGACGAUGACGGUGAUGAUGUCAAUGCUACAGGAGAGUGGGGAUAUUUGCGCUCAAAUAGUUUUGGAAGUGGGGAGUCUCGCAAUAGGGAUCGCUCAAAUGAAGAGCAUAAGAAGGCCAUGAAGAAUGUGGUUGAUGGGCAUUUCAGGGCCUUGGUAGCUCAACUAUUGCAGGUAGAGAACCUUCCUGUGGGUGAAGAAGAUGACAUACAGAGUUGGUUGGAGAUCAUUACAUCUCUAUCUUGGGAGGCUGCUACACUAUUAAAGCCAGAUAUGAGUAAAGGUGGGGGGAUGGACCCGGGAGGAUAUGUCAAAGUAAAAUGUAUAGCUUCUGGACAUCGUUGUGAGAGUAUGGUGAUCAAAGGAGUUGUUUGUAAGAAAAAUGUGGCUCACCGGCGAAUGACAACAAAAGUUAAGAAGGCUCGUAUUUUGAUCCUUGGAGGGGCUCUUGAGUACCAGCGGGUUUCUAACCACCUGUCAAGUUUUGACACUCUCUUACAGCAGGAAAUGGACCACUUAAAGAUGGCAGUGGCAAAGAUAGAUGCUCAUCAGCCUGAUGUUCUUCUAGUGGAGAAAUCAGUUUCUAGAUUUGCUCAGGAGUAUCUUCUUGCAAAGGACAUAUCACUUGUUCUUAAUAUAAAAAAGCCACUUUUAGAGCGCAUAGCUCGUUGCACUGGUGCUCAGAUAGUUUCUUCUAUUGAUCAUCUCUCAUCACAGAAAUUGGGCUCCUGUGAAGCAUUCCAUGUUGAGAGGUUUCUUGAAGACUUGGGCACUGCUGGGCAGGGUGGGAAAAAAUUGGUUAAGACGCUGAUGUUUUUUGAAGGCUGCCCGAAGCCUUUGGGUUGUACGAUUCUACUAAGAGGUGCUAAUGGUGAUGAGUUGAAAAAAAUCAAGCAUGUCAUCCAGUAUGGAAUAUUUGCAGCGUAUCACUUGGCUUUGGAGACAUCUUUUCUUGCUGAUGAAGGAGCAACCCUGCCUGAAUUCUCAUUGAACUCUCCAAUUACUGUGACACUUCCAGCAGAUAAAGCAACAAUCAUGGAGAGGUCCAUCUCAACUGUACCUUAUUCCAAUGUCAGUGUUGGUGCAAAUUCUGUGGCACAUAAUAGAUCCAACAGUGUGCCUGCAUCUGAUAUAUCCUCAUAUAUAAGCACUACACAAUCUUUUGACAGUUUUCGUAGUUCCAUACCCACUAAUUACACAAGUUUGACCAAUACUGUAUCUUCAUCCUCAUCUGCUCUAACUGGGACAGCAGUUUCAGAUUGGAAUCCCAGGAAUCUUUCUCCUCUUGAUACGUUUGGAGAGAAAAACAAAACGUAUUUUAUGGAACCGCCGCAGGUUUUGGAACCUUCAACAGUCAACAAUAGCAUCUCUUUGAUGUGUAACAAUUCCACUGUGAUAACUGACAAUGUGACAGGGAGUGUGGAGAUACCAUUGGAACAAGAUGGAAGAAUCUAUAUAGAAGAUGAUUUUGAUACAAUAAAGGAUGAGUACGCUCCAUCACCUUCUGAGCAUCAGAGCAUUUUGGUGUCUUUAUCAUCCCGGUGCAUCUGGAAGGGAACUGUCUGUGAGAGGUCCCAUCUAUUUCGAAUAAAAUACUAUGGAAGUUCUGAUAAGCCUCUGGGAAGGUUUCUCCGUGACCAUUUAUUUGAUCAGAGUUACCAGUGCCAGUCUUGUGAGAUGCCAUCAGAAGCACAUGUUCAAUGUUAUACUCAUCGACAGGGCACUCUAACCAUAUCGGUCAAGAAGCUACCAGAAAUGUUAUUGCCUGGUGAAAAGGAAGGCAAGAUCUGGAUGUGGCAUAGAUGCUUACGUUGUCCAAGGAUCAAUGGCUUUCCUCCAGCAACUAGGAGAAUAAUAAUGUCAGAUGCUGCCUGGGGUUUAUCAUUUGGGAAGUUUUUGGAGCUGAGUUUUUCAAAUCACGCAGCUGCAAGCAGGGUGGCAAGCUGUGGCCAUUCUUUACAUAGAGAUUGUCUCCGGUUCUAUGGUUUUGGAAAAAUGGUUGCUUGCUUCCGGUAUGCAGCAAUUAAUGUCCUCUCUGUCUUUCUUCCACCCCAAAAAUUGGAUUUUAGUAAUGAGAAUCAGGAGUGGAUUCAGAAAGAAACAGAUAAGGCUGUUGAUCGAGCUGAGCUUCUCUUUUCUGAAGUUCUAAAUGCUCUAAGUCAAAUAGAAGAGAAAAGAUCUGGUCCAGGAAUGCAUGGCAGUGGCAUAAAAAUGGCUGAAUCAAGACGUCAAACUAUAGAAAUGGAAGGAAUCCUACAGAAGGAAAAAGAAGAAUUUGAGGAACUUCUCCUAAAAACUGUAAACAAGGAUGGGAAAAAGGGCCAUCCUGCUACUGACAUCCUUGAGAUCAAUCGGCUGCGAAGGCAGUUGCUUUUUCAGUCUUUUGUGUGGGACCACCGCCUGGUUCAGGCAGAGAAAUCGGAUGGUAACGGUCUCAAAGAUGGUCUGAGUCGUUCAGUUUCUGAGCAUGAGGGGAAAAUUGUUGCUAAUGGUGAAAAUAUAUCUGACAUGAAUGUGGCCGUUAUGCCAGGGAAAGGCUAUAAUAGCUGUGAUUCCUUUCUGGUUGAAGGAAAAAUUGGCAAGACCGUAAAUUAUCCUGUAGGAUUUAGUAGCAAUGCUGAUCAACCCAACUUUGUUCAUGAAGAACCAAGUAACGAAAAAGAAGAGAAUUCCAAUGUUUCUCCUUCCACAAACCUCCUUAAUCAAGAACCAAGUAAUGAAAGAGAAGACAAAUCCAAUGCUCGUAGGACUCUUUCAGAAGGAGAAUUUUCUAUCAACACAAAUUUGUCCGAUACCCUUGAUGCUGCAUGGAUAGGUGAAACUAACACAGGAGGUGAAAUCCCAAAGGAUAAUCUCCCUGCACUAUCUGAUUUAGCCGCAGAUACUUCACUCGCCUUCGCCUCUGUGUUUUCAGAACGAGGGAACUUAGACCAUGUGGAGGAUUUGGAUCAGCCCAAGUUUGCUCACUCCUUUUCACCAGUUUCAUCUAUGAUGGGAUGUGAGAGCAUGGAAGACUCAGGUGGCUGGUUAGGAAUGCCGUUCUUAAACUUCUACCGUUCAUUGAACAAGAACUUCUUUGCAAGUGCUCAAAAACUGAACACAAUGUUUGGAUAUAACCCGGUGUAUAUUUCCUCCUUUCGAGACUCAGAACUUCAAGGUGGGGCCAGGCUGCUUCUCCCUGUUGGUGUUAAUGAAGUUAUCAUUCCAGUAUAUGACGAUGAGCCCUCGAGUAUUAUAGCUCAUGCAUUAGCAUCACGGCAAUAUCAUUACCAAGUGAGUGAUGAUGGAGAAAGACCGAAGGAAGCUGGGGACCUUUUGUCUUCAUCAUGCUCUGACACAUCAAAUUUUCAGUCAUUCUAUUCUUCUGAUGAUUUCCUGUCUGAAUCUUUUAGAAGCUUUGGAUCUGGUGAGGAGAGCAUGUUGUCCAUGUCUGGUUCUCGUGGUUUGGAUCCACUCUCAUAUACAAAGGCUUUGCAUGCUAGAAUUUCUUUUGGAGAAGAUGGCCCUCUUGGUAAUGUCAAAUAUUCUGUGACUUGUUACUAUGCAAAGCGUUUUGAAGCCUUAAGGAGGAUUUGUUGCCCAUCUGAGCUUGAUUAUAUAAGGUCUCUUAGUCGUUGUAAGAAGUGGGGAGCCCAAGGUGGUAAAAGCAACGUCUUCUUUGCAAAAACCUUGGAUGACAGAUUUAUCAUUAAACAAGUCACAAAGACAGAACUUGAAUCCUUCAUAAAGUUUGCUCCUGAUUAUUUCAAGUACCUAUCUGAUGCAAUUAAAUCAAGAAGUCCAACAUGCCUAGCUAAGAUUGUGGGGAUAUAUCAGGUUACUUCAAAGCAUGUCAAAGGAGGGAAAGAUACAAAGAUGGAUGUUCUUGUUAUGGAGAAUCUUUUGUUUAGAAGGAAUGUGACACGGCUUUAUGAUCUAAAAGGAUCAGCUCGGUCGAGAUACAAUGCUGAUUCUAGUGGGAGAAACAAAGUUCUGCUGGAUCAAAACUUGAUUGAAGCAAUGCCAACCUCUCCCAUAUUUGUAGGAACCAAGGCUAAACGUUUGCUAGAGAGAGCAGUCUGGAACGACACUGCUUUUCUUGCAUCUGUUGAUGUAAUGGAUUACUCACUACUUGUUGGUCUGGAUGAAGACAAGCAUGAGUUAGUUCUUGGGAUCAUUGACUUUAUGAGACAAUAUACCUGGGAUAAGCACCUUGAAACAUGGGUGAAGACGACGGGCAUUCUUGGAGGACCGAAGAAUGCUUCUCCAACAGUUAUUUCACCAAAACAAUACAAGAAGAGGUUCAGAAAAGCCAUGACAGCCUAUUUUCUUAUGGUCCCAGAUCAAUGGUUUAAUGCAUCUAUCGUUCAGAGUCAAUCUCAGUCUGACUUGUGUGAGGAGAACUCACAAGACGAAAAGGAAAAUUCGUGAUUAUUUGUUUGAAGAUGCAGAAGAAGGCUGUUUGAAGCCAAGGAAAUUUCUGUCAGGGGUGCAAGUAUUGGAAGGCCUCUCCAAGAAUUCCUUGUAGGAAAAAUUAUAUGUUCAACAUGUACAUGUAGUUAAUAUUUGUCUUGUAUAUUUGUAAAUUAGAUAUUAAUGAUAAUUAUUACUUCUUUCUUUCUC